AUGGCCGGGGUCACCGAUCGCGACUUCCGCCUGAUCGUGCGACGGAUCGGCGGUGUCGGCCUGGUGUCGAUGGAAUUCAUCUCUUCCAAAGAGCUGGUGGCCGGGCUGGCGCGGGUGGAGAAGCUGCUGCACUUCGUCGAGGAAGAGCGCCCGCUGGCGAUCCAGAUCUACGGUUCGGAUGUCGACACCAUGGCCGAGGCCGCGCAACGCGUAGAACAGCUCGGCCCGGAUAUCUGCGACAUCAACAUGGGCUGCCCGGCCAACAAGAUCCUCAAGGGCUGUGCCGGCGCGGCCUUGAUGGGCGACCUCGAUCUCGCGCAGCGCAUCGUGCGAGCGGUGCGCCAGGCGGUGAGCAUUCCGCUGACCGUGAAGUUUCGCCUCGGAGUCGACGACCGGCGCCGCAACUUCUUGGAGCUGGGCCGGAUCUGCGAAGCCGAGGGCGCCGACGCUGUGGCACUCCAUGCCCGCACCGCCCGGCAGAUGUUCCGCGGCCAAGCCGAGUGGCGCGAGAUCGCCGAGCUCAAAGAGGCCCUGUCGAUCCCGGUGAUUGGUAACGGCGAUAUCACCGAGCCCGAGGACGCCAUGCGAAUGCUGCGUCAGACCGGCUGCGAUGGCGUGAUGAUCGGCCGCGGCGCGACCCGCAAUCCCUGGAUCUUCCGCCAGACCGCGGCCCUGCUGUCGGGCGACCCGACAACAGCACCGACCCUGGCUGACCGGCGCCGGCUAAUCCUCGACCAUUUCCAGACCGUGAUCGAUCGCGAGGACGAAACCACGGCACUGCACAAGCUGCGCACGUUCACCGGCUGGUACAGCCGCGGCCUACCCCGCGGUCUGCAGCUGCGUCGCCAGAUCCACCCUCAGCCCGAUGCCGCCAGCCUGUUCCAGGCGGUCGAGCGCACCAACGUGAGCACCCCGACCCAGCACGUCGCCGAGAUCGAGCUGGCACCCGCGGAAACCCUACUCCGAGUGGCGGCGGCUGCUGAGACUUGGGGUGGCCUUUGGCAGCCGGAAGGCGAGCUCAACGGCCGGCUCGGGCUGCCGGCCACCGCCGGUCUGCGGCGCGGUUGGGUCGCCGGGCCGUUAACGAUAGAGCCGCACGAUGGCGGCUCCCGAUUGCAGAUGACGGUCGAGAACAGCGAGCUGAGGGUCAACCCGAUGGCCUUCCUGUUCCUAUUGCUGGCCGCCUUCGGGGCCCUGACCGUGGUUUUCAGCCCGCUCGUGCCCGCCUUGCGGCCGCUGUUGCCAUUGGGAAUCGUGGUGGCACUAGUCGCCUGGUUCGUGAUCAUCGCCAGGCUGCGCAACAGCGGCCCGGAAGAGUUCUUCGCCAGCCUCGGCGGGGAAUAA